GCUUCGUGAGCUUCUGGAGGAAGAGGAGAUUAAGUACUUUGCUGAGAUGGACACCCUUGCAGAAAUGGAGGCACAGGACAAAGAAGCAAAGAUGAAGGAACAAAUAAAAUUACUGAGAGAGAAGAGGGAAAGAGAAAGGCAACAACAGGUGGCUGAGAAACGAGAGCAGCAAUUCAGGAACCGCUGCGAUGAGUAUCGCACGCUGUGCGUGAGGAGGAACAAGAAGGAAACGAGCGACAGCCAGCUGGCCCAGCAGGCCCUGAAGGAGGAGCUGAAAAAGGAAGAGAAGAUGGAGGAGAGGAGGCUGGAGGAGAUCUGUGAGAAGGAACUGUUGGCUAAGGAUCACCAAGAGGAGCUGGAGAAGCAGAAAGCGUCGUGGCGGAUUCAGGAGAUGCGGAAUGUGCUCGAUGCCCAGGUGGCCGAGCUCAGCGCCCGCAAAGUGGAGGAGGAGCAGCUGAAGAAAGAGGAGGCUGAAUGGCUGGAAGAAGAGCGGAACCUGGUCAGGCAAGAGAAAGAGGAGCUGGAGAGGCAGAGACGACACAAACAGAAGGAAUGCAGGGAGGUUUUGCUCAAAGCAGCCAAGGACAGGAGGGAUCGUCUGAACGAGGAAAAACAAAGCCAGCUUGCCGAGGAGAAGAUGAUCUUGGAGCAAGACUUUCAGGACCCCCAGAGGGACCUUGAGGAGAAAACAAAAAAAAAACAAGAGCUGCUUAAGGACCAGCUUACUUACCUGGCACACCUGGCUGAACAGCUGGAGAAGGACAAAGAGCGAGAAGAAAAAGAUGAGAAGAUAUUCAAGGAAGAGAAUGAUCAGGUUUGGGCCGAGAGGCUUGAGAAACUGAAACGAGAGAGGGAAGCUCGAUUUCAGCUGCUGAGAGAUGUCGUGAAUACCAGACAGCAGCAGAUGAAGGAGAAGUUGGAGAAAAAGGCAGAGAAGCAAUUAGAAGUUGCUGAAGAGAGGAAGCUAUUAGCUGAAACAUUCAGAGAAUACAAACGUUUGGAAGAACUAAAACGUGCAAGAAAAAUACAGAAAGCCAGUGAAUACCGGGAUCAGCUCACGAGUCAGAUUUCCUACCGGCAGUACCUCCGUGAGGAAGAGGAAAAGGAGAGGAAACGGGAAUACGAGGCAGGGCUGGAAGCACAGAGGGAGUAUGAAGAAAAGGUGCAGUUCAUUCUGUCAGCACCUCGGGACUCCAUCCUAAAAACCCACCCAAUGAGAAAAGCACUGAUGUCUGACUCUUAGGGGCAUCACUCACUAUGAUAUUUUAGCUCACUCAGUUGCCUUUCAAAACAUUUUCUAAGGGUGUUUAUGCCUGACUAGGGUUAGCAGAACUCUCUCCACUCUGAUACUCAAAACAUUUAAUUGGAGUUUAUAAGAAAUCUACUACUCCAAACUUUA